AUUUCCUCAGGUCUUCCAGCUUCUUAUGACGGCCAAUAAUAAACUUCCUACGGUGGACGAUGAAGGACGAACUGUUCAUUAUUACUAUCGUUACUAUCCCCCAGGAGUGAAGCAGGUCCUCGCCUCGGGAACCAGUGCAUGGAUCGGAGAGGUGGAUGACUCAACCGUCUUCAAAUAUCCUCUUGCCCCUGGCGGAGACAUGACCCGUCUCGAUGUGGAGAGGAAGCUUCUUGAGAUUAUCGGGCCACAUGAGCGGAUUAUAGGCCUCAAGGGCUUCUCAGACACGGGGAUUUACUUGGAACGCGCCAUAAACGGAACUGUAGCCAAGUACAUCGAAUCGGGCAAACCACCCCCUUCGCUCAAGCAGCGACUGGUCUGGUGCCGAGAGGCUGCGGAGGCAGUCGCAUGGGUCCAUUCUCGACGCGUUCUUCACUGCGAUAUCCAGCCUACAAAUCUACUUCUCGACAAGGGGCUCCACAUUAAGCUUUCCGACUUCCAGGGGAAACAACUGUCAGAGAACGGCGAGGUGCUCCUUGACGGCUGGAGCGGCGAACCUUGCAGGUUCUACUGCCCUCGAGACGAUCCCUUUAAUGCGGACGUUAAAACAGACCUCUUUGCGCUAGGGUGCACUAUCUACUUCAUCAUAAUGGGCUAUACUGUAUUCCCUGAUAUUAUCGACGGGGAAGACAGAUGGUAUGAGAAGGUGGGAGACAGAUUCGCGAGCCAGCAGUUUCCCCAAGACCAACACACCUGCAGUGCUAUCACCUUAAAGUGCUGGCAGAAGGAAUAUAAAUCUGCCCAGGAAGUGGUUCGAGAUAUCGAGUCUCUCGAAAGGGAGUGGUGAUUUGGGGUGUUUCUGCCGCACUUCACUUUCCCAGGUCUCCGGCUGAGAACCGGGGAACAUAGUUGGAUAAGGGGGAUUGUCUUGCAUGGCGGGGAAGUCGCAUUCUCGAAUUGGGCACACUCGGCGUCUGGAGCUUCAACGUUUUGGAGUAUGCGGGGCGUACGAUAAACAUAAAACGAAGCAUAUAAGAAAUCGCUACCACUCUGUUCCC